GACAUUCUUCCCCUUGAGGAAGGAUCUCCUCCGUGACCCCACCCUUUUCUGAAUCAGGACUGUGCUUUGAGACUUGAUUCUCAUCCCAGUUGUGAAAAUGCCGAGCCGAUGGAGCCAAGAAAAUUCCGAGGCACAAUACUCAGACCAUGAAACCCACGGUUGUGCCUUCAAAUUCUGUCCAUGAAGGUUAGAAACAGUAUUUAUUUUUUGUCAGGGUUUAUACAUGAGAGAUUUGAUCCUUUCCCAUCACAUCUGAAGAGAAUGGGUGUAAUGAGAAAGCUGUCGAUUGUCAUUGAAGCGUAAGCCUCUUAGCAGAUGUUGGCUUGUGUGCGUGCAAACAUCUGUGUGGCCCAGAGACAUUUGCAUUUCCAAAUAACACCCCAGAUGACCUGUCUUUUUGCUAAAGUGGGAUUUAGGGGAUUUUUGUUGGACAUUUUUUCCUCCACUGUAAUCCUGAAAACAAAACUGAAACAUCCCCUAAACUUUAAUCUUAUUAAUGUUACAUUCAAGUAAAUGGUGAAUGAAGUCACAUUUACAGAAACGACAUCCGGGAUGGUGCUUUACAUUGACUGGCAAAGCGAGUUCCGUUUUGGUGCGGUUGCAACUGUUUCCUGUUUGUUUCGUGAGAAUGGCACUAGGUGAAACUUCUCGAUGCGUUCUUCAUUUUCGCGAUGCUGAAAAAAAAAAAAAGAAAAAACUCCCCUGGUGGGUAAAUAGUAAAAAAGGUAGAAGUGUGAGCACUUUUUCCAUCUCUGUAAAGAACCAGAACGCACAGUUGUUCUUGAUUCGAAUUUUCAUGACUUCAAUUAAAUUAGCUCAUGUUCCACCCAGUUCUGCAUUCUAAAAACAAAAGUCUGUAUGCAACGGCACUUGAUUGCAGAAUGCAUGACCGCAAACGCCCCCAAAAUAAAAAAGUAAAAAAUAAAAUAAACCAAAAAGCGGACAACGCUAGGCUUGCCUGACAUCUCGGUGCAGAAGAAACUUUAGCGCCGACCCAAUUUUCUCCCCCUGUCAUGCAGGCGUCACGUGACAACGUCUCGCCUGCAGGUCGUGCGUCUUCUAUGCACUUGCUCGCUUGUUCGGCGUGUGGACUGUGGACACGGGCGGUGAUCGAUUGGACCGUCAUCAUGUCCUUAGCAUCCAAAGGAUUCGAGACGAACGGAACUGACCAGAAUAACGCCGUGCAUGUCCAGGCGCAGUGCCCAGCUCUCCCCUCACCUCGCUUGGGUACCCACAUCAUCAGCACGGGCAACGGCCGCAGUGUGGGCACAGCCAUUUCUCUGCAGUGCCCAAGCAAACACAGGCCGGUAGGCGGUGAGCUGAAGUGUGUCAUGGAUGCAAACAGCCCUCGCUGGGUGGGGGAACUGUCCUGCAAACCGUUGUCUCCGUACAAAGACAGUGGUUUCCGCGUGGCUGUUCUUGCAUCCAUCAUCAGCAUCGGCAUAAUAUGUAUCAUGUCCUUGGCGUUCAUCACUUGCUGUAUUUGGGACUGUGCCCAACAAAACAGAGCAGCAAACGGAAAAAAAACAAAGCAGCGCAGGGAUUCAUUCAAAAGCCAUCUGGAGGAUGGCGGGUCCUACCAUAGCCUUGAAGGCAGAUGUGACGUCAACUUAGGAGAGCAUUUUUCACCAUGGGGUACUGAAAUCCCAGAAAAUCUUAUUGACAACAGUUCGCCUCAAUGGUUGACCCAUGGACUGGUCCAUACACAGUCCCCCUCGCAUCUGCGCCCCUUUGGAUUCUAUGAUAACCGACAUCCACUCCCACCAAAAUCUAAUUGUGCACAGGUUUUUGGUCGGCCUCACGACAUCACUAUUUCCUCAUGCUCCAAGUGUCCACACGCAUGUCUGCUUCAGAUCCCCACUGAGCAAACUGAUUUGGUGCGGCAGCCUUACGGUCAGCGGUGAAGCUCGUUACAAAGCCUAGAAGUUCAAAUGAAAAAUUUGGGAAAACAGCGAACACUCCUGUUCCAAGCCCGAGUCAUAGACACCGCUCGGGAACGUUUAGAAUUGCCUACAUAAAUAGUUUAAAGCCCAAACUAUGAACUCAGCACUUUCAACCCAUCUUACAUUACCCUUAAAAUAAAUGCUGUGAAAAUUCGAGGCCACUGCCAGCUGUCUGGCAACUUUUUUUAAAUCUAGUACUGUACUAUUUAUCCGAAACAAGUCUUUUGCACUUGCUCUACCUUACGUUGAGCAGCUAGCCAUUACUUGCUAAGAAGCUGUUACGUUCAACCACACCUUUCCUGUCGUCGUUUUGAAAGUUUUACAACGGAGUGGUGCGCUGGGAGCCUUGCCUGCCUGGAGCAAUACUACCUUAAAUGUGCCUUUUACUAGUUACGCCUCCCACCCCAUGCCUAAAAUAGCAGUUAUUGGAAGUACAUUAUAUUGUGCAUUGAUGUCAGUUUAUUGUACGUAUACGCAUAAAAAACAUUGGUAUCUGAUUGGAAGGAUACUAGGUUCAUAAUUAUGGACAAGCAAAAGUGCCAUAAUUCAAUAAAUGGAUACAACCUGA